UGUACCAGACCCAGGUUCUUCUUUGUUUGCAUUGGUGUCUGAAUGUGACCUGAACUUGGUCUUCUUUCCUCUCUAGGUUACAGAUGCACAUGUUGAAUGGAGCUCUUUUGGCUUUGCUGUUUCCUGUAGUAAACACCCGGCUGCUCCCCUUUGAAUUGGAGAUUUACUACAUUCAGCAUGUCAUGCUCUACGUGGUGCCCAUCUACCUGCUUUGGAAAGGAGGUGCAUACACCCCAGAGCCCCUUAGCAGUUUCCGAUGGGCUCUUCUUUCAACUGGCAUCAUGUUCUUUUACCACUUCAGCAUCCUGCAGAUCAUCGGCUUGGUCACCGAGGUGAAUUUGAACAACAUGCUGUGUCCGGCCAUCUCAGACCCAUUCUACGGCCCCUGGUAUCGCAUCUGGGCCUCGGGACACCAGACUCUCAUGACCAUGACCCACGGGAAGCUGGUCAUCCUGUUCUCAUACAUGGCUGGGCCCUUGUGUAAAUAUCUGCUGGAUUUGCUCCGGCUUCCAGCCAAGAAAAUAGACUGAAGGUGCUUUUUUUUUUUUUCUCCCCAAGGAAGCAAGUCCUGACUUGACUUGGAGAAAACCCAAUUCUUGAUGAAAUCAUGGGAGAGGGCA